GCUUGCUCAGGCUCAGGCGGCGCAGACGCUCAAGGGGCAGCACGAAGGGCAGCGUCCGGCGUCCCACCUUGCGAUCUGCGCUGCGAUUGGACCCGUCCGAACACGAAUUAGCUUCCGGUGACAAGGGCCUCUGGCAGGCUCUGCGCCGCCGGCGGGCCGCGGACAACUCGCACUGCUCACCACACGCGCAACGCCGCCGACGACGACGCACUCAAUACUCUACUCCCAUAAGAUAAUACCCCCAGCGCAAAGGAUCAUAAACCCCACCAAUUUACGCCGAGGCCUCCGGCGCCGCCGCCGCCUUGGCGUCGGCCUUGCGCUUCGCCUUGGCGCGCGCCUUGGACUUGCGCGCCUCGGCCUGCUCGGUGAGCGCCUUCUCGCGCGCCUUCUCGCCCUUGAGCUUGUGGAUCGCCUCCAUGAGCACGCGCUUGUUCUUGUACUGGUUGCCCUUCGCCGCGAUGUACAGAUCGUGGUACAAGUGGUGGUCGAUCUUCUUCGCGUCGCGGUACUUCCGCAACAAUCUCCGGAGGACGCGCUGCCGCCGCAUCCAGAGCACCUUGACGGGCAUGCGCGCGUUGGCCGAGCCCUUGCGCUUGCCGAGGCCCGUGUGCCGGCCCUUGCGCUUCGCCUCGAGGUGGCGCGUGACGCGGCUCCUAGAAUGGACGACGACCGGCUUGCGGAUCACGAAGCCGUCCUUGAUCAGCUUCCUAAUGUUCUGGCGCGAGUUCGCCAUGGAGAUCUCGUUCGCCUCGUUCGGGUCGAGCCAGACGCGGUUCUUGCCCGUCUUGAGGACGGACGCCGCGAGGCGCUUUUGUAACCUCAGCGACGACAUGGCGCUCUCGGCGAGUACCGCAGCCGCGCUGUCCUGUGCUGGCUCGUGCGGCGCAGCGGUGGUCCUUCGCUGGCUCUGUGGAGCGAGCGGGGGCCUACAAGCAGUCCUAAGACGGCCUUAAAAGCGCAGCGAUG